ACAAUUAAAACGGGUUUUAAUGGUUUUUAACCUUUCUGGACUUACAACUGGAUCACAUUAACUUAAUCAAGUAUCCACUUCUCUACUUACACCCUACUCAAAGGUUUUGCUAUUAAAGUAUUAACUAGGGGCCCUAUUUACAAUAGCAACAUAGUGUGUAUUGUCAAACAGCUGCUAAAAAAGAUUCUGUGAUGCCUUUUACUAAAUCAUCAAUCAUAAAUCACACACAUUUAGUCAUAUAUGAUGGUAGCCGUCUGCAGAUGUAACGCCAGUGGUGGGGUGGGGGCAAUUAGAGUCACAGGUGACCCGUCGUUAAAGUUAACAAUGUACUUUGACCCUCAUCGCUCGCACUACAAUGUCAAAACAAGGAGGGCUCGGAAGUCGCAUCUGUUAUGGCAAAGGGGAACCCGAGGAAGAACUCAGAAGACACAUCUUCAGUCUUAGGCUUGAAGCAGACGACCCAGAAAGAAAUGACACCACCAGGGACCCGGGCCUCCCUCCUCGCCGCCCUGGCUUUGGUCGUAGCCGUCUGCGUGGUACCGCUGACGGCACAGAUAUCCGCCUCUGGCCUCUCUCAUCACAAGCACAUAUCCCUGAAGAUGGACGAGGCCAUUCUGACCGUCAACAACGAGCUGGACACCGAGGUGGUGGUGACCUGGGUGUCCGAGCGAUGCUUCCAGUGCUUGUAUCAGCAGCUGGGGGUGCUACCCGCAGGGCCCGCUCCUGGCCGGCCCAGUUCGGCGAGCUUCGUUGUGAGCACACAGCAUGAAAUGACUCUACAGCUCAACAGCACCAAGGAGAGCUGCACGGUUCCAUUUCAUUUCGGGGAGCAGGGGAACUACUCUCUGUGGGUGAAAAACCUGAACAACUCCUCAGUGAUCAACUGCUCUGUAGUGACUGACGCGGAACCUGUCAACAGCUACAUACCGAUCUUGGUAGCUUUCCUUGUCUUGGCUGGGCUUGCCAUCGCCUCCGCCAUCGGAACCAAAAUAUUUGGGCUCGACGUAGUGAAGGGUUUCCUGUUCCGAAUCAGCGGCUCCAUGGAGACAGAGCGGCUCAUCAACUCUGAGCUGGGCUCCCCUGGCAGGACGGUGUCACUAGUUGCUGACAACAUCCUCCCUCCAGCGCCCAGCCCCAGCAAGAGGCUGCGAUCUCUGGACACAUUCAGAGGUUUGUCCUUAGUCAUCAUGGUGUUUGUGAACUAUGGGGGGGGGCGAUACUGGUUCUUCAGACACGAGAGCUGGAAUGGCCUGACUGUUGCAGAUCUCGUCUUCCCUUGGUUUGUGUUCAUGAUGGGGACGUCCAUCGCGCUGUCCAUCAACUCCCUGCUGCGCGCGGGCUCCACCCGCCGCUCGCUGCUGAGGAAAGUGGUGUGGCGGAGCGUGCAGCUCUUCGUCAUCGGCGUCUUCGUCGUCAACCCAAACUACUGCCAGGGGCCACUAUCUUGGGACAACCUGAGGAUCCCCGGUGUGUUGCAGCGACUGGCCUGGUCCUACUUGGCUGUGGCCUGCCUGGAUCUGUUGGUGGCGAGAGGUCAUCUCGACAUCCUUCCAGCGGAGGCUUGGUGGUCCCCUGGAGUUGACAUCUUGCUGUACUGGCCGGCCUGGCUGUGUGUGCUUCUCUUGGAAACCGUCUGGCUGUGCCUCACUUUCCUACUUCCUGUUCCAGAUUGCCCAACAGGCUAUCUGGGCCCCGGGGGGAUCGGCGACAUGGGCCUGUACGCCAACUGUACCGGUGGGGCAGCCGCUCUCAUCGACCGCUGGCUGCUCGGAGAGAGCCACGUCUACCAGACGCCUUCGUCCCGGGUGAUUUAUGCGACUCGUGUGCCUUACGAUCCAGAAGGUGUUCUUGGCAGCAUCAACUCCGUCCUCAUGGCUUUUCUUGGACUGCAGGCAGGAAAAAUAAUCUUACACUACAGAGAUCUCCACAAAUGUAUAAUGUCAAGGUUUCUCACAUGGGGUCUCCUACUGGGAGUCAUAUCAGCCAUUCUGACCAAAUGCUCCACAGACCACGGCUUGAUUCCUGUCAACAAGAACCUCUGGUCUCUGUCCUAUGUGACCACGCUGGCCUGCUUCGCCUACGUGCUGCUGGUGCUGGUCUACUACGCGGUGGACGUGAAGGGGUGGUGGUCGGGAGCCCCCUUCUACUACCCCGGUAUGAACUCCAUCCUCGUGUACGUGGGCCACGAAGUGUUCAAGGACUACUUCCCCUUCCGUUGGCGCAUGGCUAACAGCCAAUCACACGGCGAGCACCUCGCCCAGAACCUGGUGGCCACAUCGUGUUGGAUCCUCAUCUCCUACGUGCUGUACAGGAAGAAGAUCUUCUGGAAGAUUUAAGAAGCAAAGUGACGGGACACAGGGGGGGGGGUGGUUGUGUGAGCAAUGUUUACCACCGAAUUAUAGAAGUUAAUGUCUGAAAACAUUUGGAGAGCAGAAAACUGGACACUGAUUCAUUUUGGCCAAAACUACGGUGGAUUUGCCAUUGAAAACAUGGGGGUUACUUCUGUUUCACAGCACAUAUUUUCAUUCUUUUUUUUUUAUUUCAGUCACUAAUUUCCAGGUUUUCAUUUUUCAAAGAUCUUCAGAUACGAUGCGGCGGCCAGAAAUCUUGACUCGCUCAGGAAGAAUGCUUCUAAGAAUAGUGUGGGGAUUUGAGAACACUGACAUUGUUAAUCUACCAUUUAAUUGUGUUAUAGUACCUCAGCGGAAGCAGCAGGCUGGUUUGUUGACUUCCCUUUUGGGAGAAUCCCUGCUGCCAUCUUAAGUGCUGUCCCUUCACUCUCAAAAGCUAAAGUGUUUUUUUUAUUAUUUUAAAACGGACCCUUUUGAGAUAUAAUGAUGAUUGGGAUCCCCCGUGAUUUUCACUGCGCUGUGGGAGAAGGGAGUGAUAUUUAAACAAGGGGAAACCAGAUUUAAAGUAUUAAAAGUCUAGCUAUCUGCUGCAUGUAUCAUGCAUCAUUUCUCAUCUUUUCAGGUGUAUGUAUAUUUUUGCUGACCUUGCACUCCCAGCCGUGUGACAUGAUGCUGUGUCUGACCAAGCGAUGAGGGGGAAGUGAAGGGAGCCAUGUCAGAUGACUGUAGCCCACUGCAGGGUGCUCGCUUUGCAUUUGUUGGGGGGUCUGCAGAAGGAUGCAUGUGUGGGUUUGUUCUUUUUGAUCAGAUUUUCACAGAACUGACU